AUGCCUCCGACCUCUCCUGGAUCCCUGCUGCACGAAAGGCCGAGGAGGAGCUUUGUCGCCGCAUCUUUGGCGACGACGUGGUGGACUCUUUGGAGAUCAGCUGACUUCUCUGACAGCAGCUGGUGGGACGGGAUACCAGCAUCUCAGACAUGUCUUCAGGGGGAAAAGUCGUUCCAAGCUGUUUGCAGAUGUUUGAACUAUGCCCAUGGGUGGGUGCCAGAUGGCAUCAGACAGCAGGAAGGGAGCCAGCUGUGUUUUCCGCAGCCUUUCGGCUCCCGCAAUGCAGACGCCUCUGACGCCGCGCCGCCUCGUGAGGCUGACCCUGAGGAUGUUCCCAGUGGCCACAACCGCAGCUAUGGUGCCGUGAAGUCCCGGUCGGCAUGGGAAAUACGAGGGGAGCCAUGGGACCUCUUCGUUGAGGCCGGCGUAUCUGCCGGACGUCAGCUCUUUGCCUUGGUGUUCAUCCUGGUGCAAGUGCUUGGGCCGCACAGCCACGAGAACGUGAUGAACUGCGACCCUGUGAGGUGCGGAUGGUACUUGUCCAUCUUCUGCGAGUACACAAAGGCCUAUGUGCGCUGCUUCCCGCUGCUAGCGAUGGCUGUGUCCCUUAUGGUGGCGACUCGAAUGGUGUUAAACCACCGCAUCUACUACCAACUCCUCAAGCACGACCUGCUCAUCAGCUUUGACAAAUCAAACCAUGCCUCCGAGGAUCCUCUCUUUCGUCUGCUGCUCUGGUGCUUUGCAAAUGCGUUCCCCCAUUUCAUCAUCAACAUCUGGUUGGCGCACCGCGAAGCUUUCCACCUGGUGAAGCUGGGAGAUUUGGCGAGCAGUGCGCAGAAACUGAUGGCCGCCAACGUGCUGCACGAUGCGCACCAGGUGGCCGUGUUUUAUUUCGUGCCAGCGAUUGUCUUCCUGCUCUUUCUUUUCAGUUCUUACGACACGGAGGCCUUGUUGUUGCCACUCAGCAAGUUCUUCGAGGAUGAUUUCGAAGCUUCACGGACAGCCUUGAAGAGGGUCCGCUUCAUGCGCGAAAGCGACGUAGCUGCCAGGGUGCAGAAGGGAUUGCAGCUCAAGGGUGGCGAUGGGGCCACGGUUGUGGAUGCCUUCCAAGAGCUUGCGGAUGCUGCGGCGACCGAUGCACCAGCCGUGGUCGCCCGAACCAGCCGCUUGCAGCGAGCCGACAAACAGGGCCGGGAAGAAGCAAGGCUGCGUGUGACCUGGACGAUGUGGCCGGCACGUUUGCUCCUCGAUCCUCGGCUCUCGGACAAGGACACUGUCAUCUUCCGCUGCUUGUGGCACGCUUUCUUGGCUGUGAUCGGGCUGCUAAUGCUCGUGGUGUUCUACUGUCUCUCCUGCCAGGUGCUGAAGGAUUUCGGAGACGUCUGGAGUGGGCAGCUGCCGGAUUUGGCUGGGAUUCUCGUGGAGUUGGGGCACUUUGGAAUUGCCGCGUAUUUGUGCCUUAUGCUCUUCCGCCACUCUCUGGUGAAUGAGGCUUUGAGGUGA